UAGUGAUGGACAGAGAAACAGAUAGAAACUAAAUUAACAAAGCAUUAAGCCUAAGCUAUGCUUGAUUAGUUGUACCCGACUGCUUGUUUCUUUUUUAGUCAUUUUUCAAAAUUUCGCGUAUUUAACUAAUCCCCUCCCCCUAAUAACUCUUUGAGAAACUCCUGAGAGCUUGUAAACGUAUUGCCUUCUCCUUCUUAACGUCAAAGAUGACCACCUCCGCCAUGGUUGCCGCUGAGAAAGAAGAUCACGUGCUCAUCUUCCCUUUCUUAUCCAAAGGCCAUACCAUCCCCCUCCUCCACCUCGCUGCCGCCCUUUCCUCCCGCAACAUCCUCAUCACUCUCUUCACAACUCCGGCCAACGUGCCCUUCUUCCGCCGCUACCUCUCUUCUUCCGGCGCCAACGCCGCCAAAAUCCAGCUUCUGAUCCUACCCUUCCCCAACCACCCCAAUCUCCCCGCCGGCGUCGAGUCCUCCGAUUCCCUACCCUCAUUCUCCCUUUUCCCGACCUUUCUUGGCGCAACCACCUCCCUCCACGACCCCUUCCUCCGCCUUGUCCGCAGCCUCCUCCGCUCCCCAUCCCCUCCCCUCUGCCUCAUCUCCGAUUUCUUCCUAGGCUGGACUCUCACCAUCUGCCGCCGCUUCGGCCUCCCACGCCUCGUAUUCCACGGCAUGUCCACCUUCUCCAUGUCGCUCAUCAAGUCACUCUGGAACAAUAUUCCCAAAGAUGAGCCCUUUUCGGUCCCCGGAGCACCGCCGGAGAUCCAGCUAACCUUAGCCGAUUUACCGGAAGCCGUGAUCAACUCAGUCGAUCCGCCUGAAACGGCGAAUCAGGUUUUAGAGUCGACCGGACCAAUAGACACCGAGAGUUGGGGAGUGAUUGUCAACAGCUUCGCCGAUAUCGAACCGCCGGCAUACGUUCAACUCCUUGAAUCGUUCUACGGACCGGUGGCCGGAGGCCGAGUUUGGCUCGUCGGCCCGCUAAACCUCCUCACCGAAACCGAACCGGUGGAGAAGCCCAGCUCUGAGUCGGAGUGCAUUCGGUGGCUCGACCGGCAGCCCGAUGGAUCGGUCAUCUACGUGGCGUUCGGAACGCAGGUGGAGAUUUCAGAUGAACAGCUGGACGAGGUAGCCCACGGACUGGUUCUGGCCGGGAUCCCAUUCCUAUGGGCCGUGCGGUCGGAAACAUGGCGGCCACCCAAACGUUCUGUAGAUUUGGGGAGGAUAGAAAGAGGGUGGGUUCCACAAAAGCAGGUGUUGAGCCACGUGGCAAUCGGAGGAUUCGUGAGCCACUGCGGCUGGAACUCGGUGCUUGAGGCGGUGUCGGCAGGCGUGGCGUUGCUGACUUGGCCGAUGAUUGCGGAACAAUGGUUGAAUGCGAAGAUGGUGGCGGAGGUGAUCGGCGUUGGGAUAAGGCUCCGAAUCCCGGCGGCGGGAGUGGUGGUUGGAAGGAAGGAAGUGGAAGAAGGGGUGAGAGAGCUAAUGGAAGGGGAGAAGGGGAGGAGGGCUAGGGAGAGGGCGGCUGAGCUGGCGGAGAAAGCUAAGGCUGCAGUGGUGAAGGGAGGGUCGUCUUAUGAGACGCUCGAUAAGCUCCUAGAAGAGCUUAGGAAGGUUCCGACGACUACGGCGGUGAUGGAGGUGGUGGAAGGAGAAGCACAUGUUGAAGGGGAAGUGAAGAUGGUGCAUAGUGAAUGGCGUGAUGGUCUUCAGAUUGCAUGAUGAUCUGCGGCCUCUACACCAUGAAAAUAUGAUUAAAAUAAUAUUAGUGUUCUCCUAUUCUAGUCAAAGCGUUAUAAAAGAUUAUUUGCAAGUGUUUCAGUUCGGAAUAUUAAAUAUUUCCAUGUAUAAAAUGUUGUGGGGUGUAUAAUCGUUAGUUUGUUCGAAGAAGACGAUGCAAGAAGAAAAUUCAAACUCAGAAAA